AUGGAUGGUGGGAGUGGACCGUCGAGGGCGCUGUUGACGAGCGUGUCGUUUCCGGAUCGCGCGCUCGUGUGCGCGGACGUCGACGCGGAAAGGGCGUUCGUGGUGCUGCCGGCGCUCGGCGCGCCGGGCGAGCGACGCGACGACGACGACGUCGCGCACGCGGUGGAGGAGGUGUGCGCGUUCGGGCGCGUUUCGGCGACGAAGGAGGAUGAAGACGGUCAAGAGAUGCGCGCGGGUGAGCGCGCGAUGAGCAUCGCGCGACACGGUGCGUUUUUGUGGGUCGCCUCGUUCGACGCCGCGUCGGAGCGACGGUUGAUUCGCGUGUUUCACGCGAGCACGGGCGCGUUGGUCGAUUCCGCGACGCUGCCUGAAUUGCCGCGCGCCGCGAGCGAAUCGCACGCGACGAUUUCUUCGCAAGAGCACGCGUUUGAACUCGUCAACGGAGGCGUCGCCGGUAUGUAUGCGCGAGCGUACUCGCCGGGCGCGCUCGCGCCCGUGUUCCGGUGUUCGCUGCACGUCCCGAGCGCGUUGUCGAAAGUGGUGGAACCCAUACUGAUGUCGACGACUCUGUACGACCUGGAGCAUAUCGACAAGGUUCUAGCCGACGUAGAGAUGUACGGCGCGUCGAAGGAGGCUCUCGCUCGCGCUUUAAUCACCGCGCGACGCGAGGUGGAGACGGCGACGGAGGCGUUUAGGACAAAGAGAGACGCGCGAUUGGCGACGCGUUCCAGAGACGUCAGAGCAUCGUGUGCGAUCGCGCCGGCGCUCCUUCUCAAGGCGAGGCUCGACGGUCGAUUUGAUGAAGUCGCCGCGGCGAGAUGGAACUUUGCCGUGCGCGAAGCUUUAGAGACGCUCGAGCGAGCGUCGGCGGAUUGCGAAGCGUUCUCGCGUCAAGCUAGCGCGAGCGUCCACGAAGCGCGGGAUAUUCUUCUCACGGACUGGGACGCAUUGCGCGCAACGGGCGGCGCGUCUCAAAGGGACGGUGUCAUCAGCGACGACGUUCAUCUCUCAGGGCUCGUGCGCGAGCUCGAAUCUUCGCGCGGAGAGAAUUUACCCGCGUACGCUUGGGUCGGCGCGCGCGCGUUGCUGGCGUUUCGCGACGGCGCCGCGCUCGCAACCUUGAUAGAUGCGGUGUGGGGCGAUAAACCAUUAUUGUUUCCGCAAGAAGAUGAAUCGGAUGCAAAGGUCGCGAUUGAAGAGCUCGUCACCGCCAUGGCGUCGCGAGUCGACGCGUCAGAGACGCCGGCGCCGGCGACCGUCGCGUUCGCCCCGUUUGAAGCCACCACGCACUUGCUAUAUCGCAUCGCACCCCAAUGUGCUGUUGCGUUCAUAGACGCAACGUGCGCAGUAACACCUGGAGCGACGCGCGUGGCUUUGGCGAAACGCGCGUUAACGACGAUCGAGUCGCCGAGCGCGCAUUUGGGACGUUUCGCCGACGGCGCCGCCGCCGACGCUCUCGUACGCGCCGUCGCGGAAACUUUGUGUGCGGCAGACCUUACGAGGAGCGGAGUCUAUAUCGCGUUAACGUUUGGCGGACUCUUUGACAGAAGCGCGUCUUCGCCGACGAGAACGCUCGCGCAGCGCGGGAAGACGACACUCACAGGAUGGGUACUCGCGCACGAAAUCGUCGAAGCCGAAAUCGAGCGCCGAAGAGAUUCUAUCGAUGAUGCUCGUAAAUUCGCCGCAGAAGCGUUCGAAUUGAUGAGUAAGUCGUUUCGAACGUUGAUCGAAGAUUGGAACGACAUGCCUCUUCGACAAUCUCCCGAAGAAGUCGACGUGGACGUCGCCGCCGAAUUCAUGCUUCGCACCGCCGACGCCGUCAGAACGCUCUUCGCCGGCGACGCCGAGGUCGAAUUGAAAUCCCCAGUUCUCGACAUCGCGCGACGACACACCACGACGAUGACGGACGCGUGCGCCGCGAUGAAGAGCGGCGACGACGCCGCGAGCGAUCAAACCGUGGAUUCCCUCGAACGUUUGAUCGUCGCCGUCACCUCGACGCUUCGAUCGACGCCGAGUUAG